UAUUCUAGUUUCGAAUACUUAUAGCUUUGGUUUAUCUCAACCAACCAAACAUUCUCUCUCAUUUCUUCUGAUUGCCUGUCAACAAAGCAGCAUGGCAGGUGGCGGAGCACUGCGUGUCAGUCAGCUCGAUUCUGCAGAACUGGAUCGUGAAAUGGUCACCGUCUUUAAGACGCACUUCAGUCAGCUCUUUAAAUAUUUUCAGACCAGCUUUCUGGGACGGUUUGACCCAGAAGUGACAGCACUAAUCAAAUUGAUAAUAUGGAAGUUGUCCUUAUUAGACUGUAAUGCAAGUCUGGGCCAGCAACUUUUGGGCAUCCGCUAUGGUCAGACACGUGGAAAGGACACGGGCAAGUGGAUGUCGCUGAAUCAGAAGAUCUGGUUUGCAGUUAUUUCUAUAGGCUGUCCAUGGUUACGGGAACGACUUUCUGUAUUCAUGAACUUUUCGAGGUUGUCUAAUUGGGAACCACAGACUGAGCACAUCUUACAGUUAAUAGAAACAUGUCUCAAGGUGGCAUCUGUUAUAAAUUUCCUGAUCUUCCUUCGGCGUGGUGUGCAUCUGUCUAUUACAGAGCGUCUUUUGGGUUUGCGAGCUCAAUUUCCUGAAAGACAAGCAAUUCGACAGGUCAGCUUCGAGUUCAUGACAAGAGAACUACUAUGGCAUGGCUUCGCUGAGCUUCUUGCAUUUAUUCUACCACUGAUAAACCUCCAGAGGGUGAAGAACACUGUGUUACGUUGGAUGGCAGCAAAGAGACAGAACUGGCAGUCUCUUGAUACAAGAAGUCCUGCUGACCUCACUGCAUGUGUGGUGUGCGGAGAGUGGCCAGUACAUCCUCAUCAUAUAGGGUGUCGUCAUGUCUUCUGUCACUUCUGUGUCGCAAGCAACCUCAAAGCAGACCCUGAUUACAGCUGUCCUGUGUGUGGUUCUGGAAUCCUGAGGACUGUAAUGGCACCACAGCCAGUCAGGCUGACAUUAGGUCAUAUGGAUCUAGCAAGUCAGGCCAACAUUAGGUCAUCUGGAUCCAGCAAGUCAGGCCAACAUUAGGUCAUAUGGAUACAGGAUAGCCAGCUCAACACUUCAUCCAUCUGUACAUACCAAUGCCAGCAUAUUCAUUUGUAAUAUCAUUUGAUACUCUGUUGAACUCAUUAAAUUUGAUAUGCAUC